AUGGCUUCCUCUUUAACAACUUCAAUAUCGUUGCAAACUAGUGCUCAAAAUCCACUCUUCCCCUCAAAUCCAGCAGCCAUAACAUUCCACUCAAAUCUUAGUUUUCCAUAUACUUCCCUGUCAUUUACUAAAUUUGUAUGUGUAAGAUCUUCUAGCACUUUCAAGUACUACAAUGAAGUUGUGGUGGAUGAAGAGAUGGACAGAAUUCGGAGGCUUCAAAACGGAUCAGAUGUUCGUGGUGUCGCCUUGGAAGGUGAGAAGGGAAGGUCAGUCGACCUAACGCCUCCGGCGGUGGAGGCCAUUGCAGAGAGCUUUGGUGAGUGGGUUAUCAAUGGCUUGGAGAAGGAGAGAGAACAGCCUGUGGAGAAUGUUAAGGUGUCCCUUGGCAGAGACCCUAGAAUAUCAGGAACAUCUUUGAGUGUAGCUGUAUUUUCAGGUCUAGCUCGUGCCGGUUGUUUGGUGUUUGAUAUGGGACUUGCAACCACUCCUGCUUGCUUCAUGAGUACAAUUUUGCCUCCAUUUUCCUAUGACGCUUCUAUCAUGAUGACAGCAUCUCACUUGCCCUACACGCGCAACGGUUUGAAAUUCUUCACCAAGAGAGGGGGAUUGACCUCGCUUGAAGUGGAGGAGAUAUGUGACAAAGCUGCCAGAAAGUAUGCUAAUAGGCUCACCAAAGUGUCAAGCAUACUUGGUAUAAAACCAUCAAGAAUUGAUUUCAUGAGCUCUUACUCGGAGCACCUCCGAAACAUUAUUAAGGAGAGAGUAAACCAUCCACUACACUACGACACUCCACUUCGAGGAUUUCAGAUAAUAGUCAAUGCUGGUAAUGGAUCAGGAGGCUUCUUCACAUGGGAUGUAUUAGACAAGCUAGGAGCAGACACAUUUGGGUCUCUACACCUAAAACCAGAUGGGAUGUUUCCAAACCACAUUCCCAAUCCGGAGGACAAAGUCGCCAUUACAAGAGCUGCAGUGCUAGAAAACUCUGCUGAUCUUGGAAUAGUGUUUGACACUGAUGUGGACCGCAGUGGCGUUGUAGACAACAUAGGGAAACCCAUUAAUGGGGACAAGCUGAUUUCAGCUAUUGUAUUGAAGGAAAACCCUGGAACUAUCAUUGUAACCGAUGCUCGAACUAGUAUGGCACUUACAAGAUUUAUCACCAAUAGAGGAGGUCAUCAUUGCUUAUAUCGUGUUGGUUACAGGAAUGUGAUUGACAAGGGAGUCCAGCUUAAUAAGGAUGGAAUUGAAACUCAUCUUAUGAUGGAAACUUCCGGCCAUGGUGCUCUUAAAGAGAACUUUUUCCUUGAUGAUGGGGCUUACAUGGUGGUGAAGAUCAUCAUUGAGAUGGUACAAAUGAAGCUUGCCGGAUCAGAUGAAGGGAUUGGAAGUAUCAUUAACGAUCUUGAAGAACCAGAAGAAUCUGUAGAGCUAAGGACGAAUGUAGUCUCUGAGCCAAGAUAUGCAAAACAAAAGGCAAUUGAGGCAAUUGAAACGUUCCGACAGUACGUUGAGGAGGGAAGACUUGAAGGAUGGGAAUUAAAUACAUGUGGAGAUUGUUGGGUCAGCGAAGGCUGUCUAGUAGACUCAAAUGAAACAUCGGCUGCUGCAGUUGAUGCUCACAUGUAUAGGGCUAAAGUAUCAGAUGAGGUGCAUGGACAGCAUGGCUGGGUACACAUUCGGCAGAGCAUUCACAACCCCAAUAUUGCAGUCAAUAUGCAAUCAUCUGUGCCUGGCUGCUGCCAAACGAUGACUAGAGUUCUUCGAGAUAAAUUUCUCAUAGCUAGUGAAGUGGACAGAAUCCUUGACAUGACUGAGAUUGACAUGUAUGCCAAAAGUGGAUUUGUCGGUCGAUGAGAAGUUGAGAACCGAUGAAUUUAUAUUCAACAUUAUAGAGCUGCAAGCAGCUAUAUAUAAUGUUAGGGUGCACAAAUAUUGA